AUGCACGCCCUAAUGCUUCUCAUACUGAUCGGUGCCAUCGUAUUGGCACAAAUAGGUCUCAUCUAUUGGAGGAAAAGGAGUUUCAAGACAUACCAAAACGUAUCGAUGAUAGGCAUGUGGUUCGUGCCCUUCGCGCUCUCCCUAUACAACCAUUGGUUCCGAUUUGUGUCCAUUUGGUUGGCCAUCACUUUGGUGACGAGUGCGCUCAUCAGUAAACCGCUCUUCAAUAAGCAACUCACCGCCGGAUCCAUUCCGAGACUCAUCUAUAAGUGGUUUUAUUUAUUAUAUUCCUUGUCAUCGAUUGUCGCCGUUUCCGGUUAUCUGCUAAUAAUGGCCACACUUCUGGGCAUCAAUUUGUUGUUAGGCGUCAAACCUAACGUUCCCCUCGACUUCGGCUUCUUGUUACUCUUCUACGGAAUAUAUUACGGGGUUUUGACCCGAGAUUUCACUGACUUUUUAGUGGACUUAUUGGCGGCCAAUAUCGGCUAUUAUCAGCCCUCAUCCUCUCUGCCAUCAAAACAACUCAAAUCCAGUGUUUGUGCCAUUUGUGGCCGAACUCACAACGAGUCCACCGAUGAGAAGACAUAUACUCUCACGUACCACCCGUUCUUCGUCCAGACAGGGAAGACAGCUCUCUUUCAGCUAGAGUUGUUUGAGAAGCGUAGGGACGGGAAGGUUUUCGGAGUGAUAGACAUGCCUUUAGAUCUCGACUUUAUCCGCUAUUUGAUUGCGUGGCAACCGGUCAUCAUAUUUGCCGUCCAGUGCUUUAAUUAUAUGCUUGGAUUAGAGUAA